AUGCCUUACUGUAUUGCUGUCCGACGUAGUAUCAAGCUGAUUAGCAAUAUAUUAGGCUAUGCGGAGGCGGGCGGCUGCUUGCAAGAAGCACUGAACGCCAUUACCGCCAAGCAAUUCGGAUCAUCUAGCUGGACACCAGAUUGCGAUCCCUCUGACCCUCGUUUCCACUGGACACCCGAGAGCCUUUUACAAUACACUAGCAGUACAAUAUUCAUAAACUCUUUCAAGAUUGGUCGCGCAGUAAAGCCCGGGAGCCGCAGCGGUUACAUUUAUCCGCUAGCCGAGCAAGGCCAACCGCCAGUCCUCCGUUUAGUAAAUCGGAUCAGAGGACGUACGCUUAAGGAGCUUGACCAGGUAUUCGGCGACCUCAUCGUAUCUGCACAAUCAGGACCCGAACUUCAAAGAGAGACAAUGAACAUCGAAUCGCCAUUGCAAACAUCCACGUCGAUGGUGGAUCCAGGUGCUGUCCUUGAGGUCGAUGCAGCCCAGAGUCUGAACCAGAAACUGGCACGUCAAUUGACAACAAUCGGCAAUGCCAUCGACUCCGACCCGGCCACAAGCGAUUCAAGCGAUAGUGGUACCGUCGACUCAAGCAGCGAUUGGAGUCCACCAAAGAGGUUGAGGCGUGCCAUACGGCGCGGUCAGUACGAUCUCUUGUGGAAUGUUCCACCUUCUUCCACACCUUGCCACCGACUUGGUCGCCUCACACUUGUGAUCUCCAACACUCCCUUCCCUGAGUACGCUGGCCUGCGGCUCUACAUGGCUGCCAAGAACACCAAGCUGACAUGGAUGCGGCCCACGCUUGAGUCAACGCUUGAGGAGUGGCGGCGUCACUGGGACUCUGCCGUCGACGAGACCUACCUUGACCCACAUGCCACGUACAUCGACAUCGGCCGCCAGCUUACGCCCGCCGAGACAGGACCGCAUGGGCGCUCUGGCGUCGCCGGCUACAAUGGAGUCAGCUUUAGAAUCGUCUCAAUGACCAGGAAGAGGGCGCCAGUCGUAAACCGCCAUACUGAGAGCAUGGCCCUGGACCCAUCAUAUCUCCUUGACCAACACAACUCCACGAGGGGAGCGCAUGCCCAUCAGUCCCGGGUACAAUGUGCGUACAGGCUCGGCAAGCUCCGCAUCCACCGUAACCUUCCCACAGUCGAUCAGGACGAAACGGAUAAUGAGGUGCGGCCCCUCGAACUGACGCAGCACCAAUUUACUUAUGGCAUCCGGGCGGAGGACCGAGUGUCGCUAGCCCUCCUACGGCGUAUCACGUAUCUAUUCUCAUCAGCUCCACCCCAACCGAGAGAGACGUCAGAGGAUGAUCCGGAAGAGCCGUUCUUUGCCGUUCCUUCUCAAACGAUGGCUAGAUUCCUCCGUGCCAGUAUUAAUCGAUACUGCUUCCUCUUCGAGCACAUCAAGGCGCAGACCGGCCUGAAGUACUCAUUGCCAGAGACUAUAGUCAUGGCAACAGCACUCCGCGGACUUCGAUUUAGCUAUGACUCCUCCCUUAUCACGAAGGAGCCAGUGCUCUGGGGAGACAGAUGGACGUCAACGCAACGUACGCGGACCCGGGAGGGGGAACCGCAGACCGUUGAAGUGCAGCGAGAAGGGCUAGGCCUAUCCAAGACGUCCAAUGUCCACGGGUGCUACAAUGUCUUUCAUCAACACCCCAGCCCUGCGUCGUCUCUGGCAGGACGCACAGACAUAUCCGGAAUGGGCAACAACAAGGAUGUGGGAGCGAUCUGCGACGUGUGGACCUCAUUGUCGAACUGA